GACUCAGAGCGUUCAAGAAACUGCAAGUCAGCAGCCAUGGUCCCUUCCCAGACCCUGGUGUGUGCUGCAGUGCUUGCCCUGGCAGUCCUGCAGGCCCUGGCCUCAGACACCUUCAUCGCAGCCGUGUACGAGCACGCCGUCAUCCUGCCACGCACCAUUCACAAGGUUUCUCCUGCUGAUGCUUUGGCCCUGAUGAACAGAAACAUGGAUGUUCUGGAAGGAGCUGUCAAGGAAGCAGCCCAGCAGGGUGCCCGCAUCAUUGUGACUCCUGAGGAUGGCAUUUAUGGCUGGGUUUUCACGAGGGAAACCAUUUACCCCUACCUGGAGGAUAUUCCUGAUCCAGAGGUGAACUGGAUUCCCUGCACCGAUCCCACAAGAUUUGGUCGAACACCAGUGCAGGAACGACUCAGCUGCAUGGCCAGGAACAACUCCAUCUAUGUAGUGGCAAAUAUCGGGGACAAGAAGCCAUGUAAUUCCAGUGACCCCAAGUGCCCCAGUGAUGGUCGCUACCAGUACAACACUGACGUUGUCUUUGACUCAGAAGGGAAACUGGUGGCUCGUUACCACAAGUAUAAUCUGUUUAUGUCAGAAGCAAAUUAUUUUAAUUACCCAAAGGAGCCAGAAGUCAUCACCUUCGAGACUCCCUUUGGGAAGUUUGGCAUUUUCACCUGCUUUGACAUUCUUUUCCGGGAGCCUGCUGUGGUGCUGGUGAGCAAGCUACAGGUGGACACGGUGCUUUUCCCAACAGCCUGGAUGAAUGUCUUGCCCUUUCUGACUGCUGUGGAGUUUCACUCUGCAUGGGCUAUGGGCAUGGGAGUCAACUUCCUAGCUUCCAAUACGCAUAACACCAUCAUGUCUAUGACAGGGAGCGGUAUUUAUGCACCAGAUGGAGCCAAAGGAUAUUACUACAAUAUGAAGACUGAGGAUGGGCAUCUCCUCAUCGCUGAACUAGAUUCACACCCUCGCCUUUCUGCUGCCUCCCCUCCUGCUGUCACCUGGAACUCAAAUGCUUCAAAUGUAGAAAGCUGCUUACCAGAUGACAAUGAUUUCAGCGGACUCAUCUUUCAUGAUAAGUUCACGUUCACUGAGCUCACUAAGCCUGAGGGGAAUCUCACCGUUUGCCAGAAGGAUCUCCACUGCCACUUGAGCUACAAGAUGGCAGAGAAACGAGAAGACGAAGUUUAUGUACUAGGUGCUUUUGAUGGGCUUCAUGUUGUUGAAGGACAGUACUACCUGCAGAUAUGCACACUACUCAAGUGUAAGAGCACAGACCUGAGCACGUGUGGGCAGCCGGCGGAGACUGCACAGACCAAGUUUGCCAUGUUCUCCCUCAGCGGCACAUUUGGGACUAACUACGUCUUUCCAGAAGUCUUGUACAGCGGUGUGCAGCUGGCCCCUGGGGAAUUUGAGGUACUGAAGGAUGGGCGUUUGAUAAGUAAGACAGCACCAACAAAACCAGUUGUCACUGUGACGCUUUUUGGACGGUGGUAUGAAAAGGAUCCUCUGAAAUAAGAUCCACAACCGACAGCCUCCCUGUGAUGUUAACCAUAACUGAAGGUGUACACUAAUAAUCCCAUGUCCAAAUGAGAUGCAUUAUUCUCUACUAAAAUAAUCAGGAUUAUGUUUCUUGCCUCCUGUUGCACAAACUUCUUAAUGUGUUCCGAUUAAUAAAAAUGCAGUAACAUUAUUGAUACCGUUUAUUGAGAAGUAACUUUCUAUAUUAUGAUAUGAGUACUCUUUUAUUAAUACAAAUUAGCAGUUGUAUUUCUCUCUGUUUUCUGUAUAUUAAAUUUUCUAGCCCUCAGAAAACCUAUAUUUUUGGCCAAUGGAUUAAUUCUUCUUAAAAUAACACUGCACAUUUUAUAAUUGCGUAUUGUUUUGAGGCCAGUAAAUAAAGCAGUGAGAAACAUGAUAAAUGACAGCUUUGUACAAAAAAAGUUCACUAGUUCUUUUUCUCUGGUAUGCAAUUACUAAUGCUGACAUAUGCAGGUCUGGGUUGUUUGUUUUUUUUUUUACCACAGUUACAUGUGAUUUUUUUUUCUCCUAUUUAUGCUGUUUUGAUUUUGUUGCCUUUAUGUUGUCAGCACACAUUAUGUGGCACGUAGCAGCACAGAACAGUGCAUUGUGAAGGCAGAGCAGGAAUUCCAAUCAAUAAGUCAACCCUGAACCAAAGCGUGAUGCCUCAUUUUGUACACAACUGACUGUGAAUGGUCACUUCUCUGAAAUCUCUGUUGAACAGCUUGAAACUGAAAUCUGAGAAUAUUCUGCUUGCCAGCUCUGAACAAGAGUUUGUCAAGGGCUUCUGACUGUACCAUAUGCAGUGCUGAAGCUGUCUGUAGCCAGUAAUGAUGUCACCAAGUGCCUAGUUUCAUGUAACAGCCUUUUCCCCCCCUCUUCUCGAUUUAUUUCUGAUCAUGUACCACCAGAGUAUGUGAAAUAAGCCUUAACUUUGCUGCUUCAUGAUAAUGCUGGGUAGUGCUGCCCUGCAAAUUCAUCUGCUGUUGGGACUGAGAGAUCAGCUACUCGAGGGGAAGUGUUUUUUUAUGUCUUUUCUUCAUCUUCCCUCAUGACCUGUGCCUUGCUGCUGCUGCUGGUAACCUUCCUUCAUUGUAUCAAUCUAUGUGCACCUCUCUCUGUGGCUGUGUCUCUUAAAAGGGGUCAGACACCCCUCUUAGUCCCAAUUCCUCUUUCUUUUUUCCCCACGCUAGGCACCAUUCCUGGUUCGUUGCUUAUGGAGUUGGUGAAAAGUCAGAAAUGCAAAUACUAUCCAGACUACAGCACCGGUUAUCAUUGAUGAGUGCUGUGUGAACCCUUAUGCUUUUAAAUGCAAAUAAAUCUUCACAUGUGAUGUAA